GCCAGAUUACAGAUUUGUUUGCAUACUGUGCAAUGAAUAAACUUUCUUCUCCCAAUAUAGACAGAAUAAAUAGUUAAUCUAUUAAAAGGCUACAUCUAUUAGUUGCAAAACAUAUUUGAUUGUCAUUCUUUGUCCUAAAGUUUAGUUCACAACCUAGAACUUUAUGAUAUCACCAUGGAAGACCCACAGAAGUUCAAUAGUGCUGCUCUGGGUCUGGAGUUGGUGCCGGAAUCUGAUCUACCAUCUCUUGCAACCAAAGUUGGGGUUCUCAUGAGCACCAAUACUGAAAUUGCUCAGGGCAUUCUGAGUGCGUUGUCUGCAAAAGAAGUGAUCCGCCUCCAACGCUUGUGCCGCUUAUGGCGUUCUGUUGGCAUCAAAGAACUUCAGCGACGAAAAAACUUGCAUUUCAUAUCCAUACCUUCUCCACCUUGCGAGCCUGAAAAAGAUAACAUCAGAAUACAAGAGAGAGAAUACAAGAAUGUUCUUCAAACGGAGAAUCGGCUUUGGUCAUGGGCAGAGACAUGGCGAUCAUUGCCCAGCUUCUGUCUGGUGCUGAGUUUCAUGUGCGAAUUUGAUGCUGAAAAAAUGCUGGCAGAUUCUAAACUCCUGCCGCCAACGUGCUCUAUUAUAGAAGUACGAUGUGGAAUGGACUUCAUUUAUACAGAUGAAGGGUUAAUCCACGACCAAACUGUAGAUUACCCAGUUUGUGGAUAUCUCGACUGCCCAAACUGGAUAUCUCAACUGCGCAAACUGCCCAAACUGCCCAAACUUCCCUCAAGCACUCUCAAGCUUCUCCUUGAAACAGAUAACACAGAUGCUCAUAAUAUUGACAACAGUAUUGCCAAUCAUGGAGCGGAAACUCCGCCCGAUGUGGAUAAAAGUUUGGUGCCAUCCUUACGGCAAGAGCAAUUGAUGGUGAAAGCUAUGCUCAAGAAGGCCAGAUCAAGUUGUGCCCGCUGCGCCGACGACAUAGACUUUCAGCAGGCGAAUCGUGGGGUCACAAGCUUUGUGCAAAUUAAUGCUGACUUAGAGCUGACAGAUCAAUUGGCCAUGAUUUGUUUCCCAAAAUUAACUGGGGUGACUUUUCGUCCUCUGAAAUUUCACCGGGGGAUCAUCUUGCCCGGGGAGAAUCUUACCGAAAUCCACGGAACGUGGGACGGAUGCCUGCCGUGGGAAGAUCGGGUCAGAGCCGUGCUCUUCUUUCACGAUAAUUUUUUGUCCCCACCACGGCGAUAUCUGGAAGCGCUUAUCGAAAGAGAGCAGGGCAACGUGGCUGUGGUGGGAAGUAUGGUUAAAGGCGCGAUUCCCGUCUUAAAACCGAACCUCCGCCUCCAACAUCCGUCGUGGAAGGCGAAUGGAACCAUCGGCAUGGCGGUGUGUGGUGAGAACGUGACGGCCGCAAGCGUGGUCAUCACCGCGCGCCAGAAAAAAGAGAACGAGAACAUGACACGUGAUGCCAUAUCUAAGUUUCUGAAGUUCUAUGAUCCAUGCAAGCGCAGCGGAGCCUUCUUCACCUUUGCUCACGUGGGCAAACACGACGAAGAUAAGGAUGACCAAAAGGGGCCUGGUUUUGAGUUGAACAUGUUCAAGAGGAUCUACCCCGCGACGCCUGUGUUCGGAGCCUUGAUCGUCAACGCCCAGACUUGCUUCGAGUUUCUGCCUCAUCCUCAUGGUAGCGUCGAAUGGCAAUUACAACAGGAGAAGAGAGAUAUAUACGAGACCCCGAUGGCGAUGGGAUGGAUUGAUCCAGAGGAAAUCGAGUACUGUACGACCACAAUUUUAUUUCUGCAGUUCUAGUGACUACAAUAUUGGUAGGCGUUAACAGAAAGAAAAUAGGUAUGAUUGGAGACCCAUUUACGUGGCGUAAAUCAUAUUCGGAGAUAUUCCCAUUAACCAUAUAAUAUUCUAUAACCAUUAAAUAGAAUGGUUAUGUUUCUACUUUCUAGACCUGAACCUAGUCUCCGGUGGAAAUUAUUCACUUAGAAAGGACAUAAACGAAUUCUUAAAUUUAGUUUUUUUUAGUGGAGUUUUGUUAUUUAUGGGCAUCACAUUGUUACGAGCCCUAAAUAUUACUUAUUUACAGUCGAUGUUUAUUGCGUCCGCCAGUGCGCUACACAGCUUUCCCGCUGUGUCAAAAAACGUCGAAAUCAAUAGAUUGGCACGUCUUAACGUGAUGCAUGUUACGCUUCUAUUUUUAGCGCACCGGCGCUCUACAGUCGUGCUAGUUAAAGAUUAAACAUUGCAAUAGAUAUGUUCUAUCCAAAGCAUGAAUUCGAGUGUCCAACUUAACUAAAAACGGAUCCCACAAUGCCAUAUCCUAGAGAUAGCAUCUCUGAAUUGCAUAAAAGCGUUCAGUCAUUUACAGUCGCACCGUCCUGCUUUGUUAGAUUUUUGUUCCCAUCAUAUAUUGGAUGCCAAGUUGAACUACACUAAUUAAGUUAAACUACUACUAAUUUCAUUCCUUGGUAAGAGGAAUAGACGAUAUUUAUCGUUGGUUACUUUAUUUACUUUGUGAAUACAAGCGCACCUUGCAGUAAAUAUACUAAUUUUUGAAAACUCGAAUCAAGCUUGCACCUCGCUAUGGGAUUCGUCAAUCUUUGAUGCUUCUUUUCGACUAUAGCAUCUUACAUGCAUAGUAUAUUUGGAGCACCAUCAUGUUGGACUUAUUAUUUUUCAUUGCUUUGUUUCUUCGAUAAAGGAUCAGAAGUCG